UUGUGUUGAUCGGAAGGAUUUGAGAACGGACCGGAAGUGGUUGUGUGAUAGAGCUGCGUAGAAGGCACCUUACAGAAUAACGGAGUGAUGAAUUAGUUUGUUUGUUCGAUAUUUUUGUUGAGUUUUUCGCUGUAAAUAUGGCGGCUAAGCGUAAAGCGGAGGUGACGGUUCCUGCGGAGGAGAGCGACCAGCUGCUGAUCCGCCCGCUAGGAGCCGGUCAGGAAGUUGGACGAUCCUGCAUCAUCCUGGAGUUCAAAGGCAGGAAGAUCAUGCUGGAUUGUGGGAUCCAUCCCGGUCUGGAGGGGAUGGACGCUUUGCCCUACAUCGACCUGAUCGAUCCAGCUGAGAUCGACCUGCUGCUCAUCAGCCACUUCCACUUGGACCACUGUGGAGCUCUCCCCUGGUUUCUGCAGAAGACCAGCUUCAAAGGACGCACCUUCAUGACGCACGCCACCAAGGCCAUCUACCGCUGGCUGCUGUCGGACUACGUCAAAGUCAGGUGUGUUCAGGCGGACGACAUGCUGUACACUGAGACGGACCUGGAGGACAGCAUGGAGAAAAUCGAGACCAUCAACUUCCACGAGGUGAAGGAGGUGGCGGGCAUCAAGUUCUGGUGCUACCACGCCGGCCACGUCCUGGGGGCCGCCAUGUUUAUGAUCGAGAUCGCCGGCGUCAAGCUGCUGUACACAGGAGACUUCUCCCGACAGGAAGACAGACACCUGAUGGCUGCAGAGAUCCCCAGCGUGAAGCCAGAUAUCCUCAUUACACACAUCAUGACCGAACCGGAGGAGAUCGCCACCAUGUCGGGUCAGAAGCUUCCUCUAAAGAUGUCCGUGGACUACAUCUCCUUCUCGGCUCACACCGACUACCAGCAGACCAGCGAGUUCAUCAGAGCUCUCAAACCGCCUCACGUGAUCCUGGUCCACGGCGAGCAGAACGAGAUGGCCCGACUCAAGGCGGCGCUGAUCCGAGAGUACGAGGACAACGACGAGGUCCACAUCGAGGUCCACAACCCCAGGAACACCGAGGCCGUCACGCUCACCUUCAGAGGAGAGAAGCUGGCAAAGGUGAUGGGCGUGCUGGCGGACAAGAAGUGCGCUCAGGGUCAGAGGAUCUCUGGGAUCCUGGUGAAGAGGAACUUUAACUACCACAUCAUGACCCCGUCUGACCUCUCCAACUACACAGAUCUGUCUGUGGGCACCGUGACCCAGACUCAGGCCAUCCCGUUCACCGGACCCAUCUCUCUGCUGGUGAGCCAGCUGAGGAACCUGGCAGGUGACGUUCAGCAGGUGGAGAAGGCGGAGAAAAUCACGGUGAAGAUCUUCGAAAGCAUCACCCUGGUUCAUGAAGCCGGCAUGGUGCUGCUGGAGUGGGUCGCCAACCCGCUCAAUGACAUGUACGCCGAUGCCGUAGCCACGGUGGUUCUGGAGGUCCAGUCCAACCCCAGCGCCCAGAAGUUCCUGGACAGCAGGAAGGAGACCUUCGACAUGGAGGUGUUUGUGGAGCGUCUGGAGCUCAUGCUGCACGACAUGUUCGGGGAGGACUGCGUGAACUUCCAGGACAGCAGGAACCUGUGUGUGACUGUGGACGGCGCCACGGCGACGGUCGACCCGGAGACCAGAGCGGUGACGUGUCCGGACGACGAGCCUCUGAGGGAGAUGAUUGAAGUGGCCGUCCAUCGGCUCUUUGACGCCCUCACACCCGCCUUCUGACAGGCCACGCCCACUUUAUUCCAGGAGAUGUUUUAUUUUCUACUGAUUAAGCGCAGCUGUUGUUGGAGCUUCAUUUUGAUUCUUUUUGUACAAAAUAAACAUAUUUUGUCUGAA